CAGAGAGGCGCGCCGUCCUCCGCCGCCCUGCCCGGCCUGUGGCCGCCAUGGGGUGGGAGCGCGGCGCCGCCCUGCUGCUGCUCCUGCCGCUCGCCCUGCAGCUCUGCCCCGGCCGCGCCGCCCCCCCCGCACCCCGAGUUUUUGAUCUUCUUCCAUAUUCCAACAAGAGAAUGGUAACGAACUUCUUGCAACAAGCACUCGGUGAUCCUACACUGAAUGAAGUGUACUUGCUCUCAACAUUCAAACUGCAGCCAAAGAGCACAGCCACCAUAUUUGGCCUGUAUUCAUCAGCUGACAACACCAAGUAUUUUGAAUUUACGGUAAUGGGACGGAUGAAUAAAGUGGUGCUGCGCUAUCUGAAGAGCGACGGGAGGUUGAAUUCGGUGAUCUUUAGCAACAUCCAGCUGGCUGAUGGGAAACCCCAUGCUGUCAUCUUGUGGCUGAGUGGCCUGCAGCAGGAAUCGAGCACAAUAGAGCUGUAUCUGGACUGCCUGCAAGUAGGUGCCAUUCAGGACCUGCCGAAAGCAUUUUCAGCGCUGUCUCAGAGGUCGGCAGCAGUAGAGUUGCGUACUUUCCAGGAGAAGCCACAGGAUGCGCUAGAUGAGCUGAAGCUGGUAACUGGAGGAACACUUGCCCAAGUGGGGAACCUGCAGGAUUGUUUUCUUCAACAAAUUGAACCUGUUCCUCAGUACACUGGUGAUUUUAAUAGGCAGCUGAUGGGUCAGAUGAUGCAGAUGAACCAAAUACUUGGAGAUGUGAAAGACCUUCUCAGACAACAGGUCAAAGAAACAACUUUUCUGAGAAAUACCAUAGCUGAGUGCCAAGCAUGUGGUUUGGGAACUGUGAAUUUUCCAACUCAGCUUCCUAGGCGCAGUAAACCCAAAUGCGAAGUUAAUUCCUGCUUCAGGGGAGUCAGGUGCAUGGAGACAGCAGAGGGAUUUCAGUGCGGCCCCUGCCCUGAAGGGCUCACGGGAAAUGGAGUUACCUGCUCAGAUAUCGAUGAGUGUCGUUACAACCCCUGCUUCCCUGGCGUGCGAUGUGUGAACACUGCUCCAGGUUUCCGAUGUGAGACCUGUCCCCCAGGAUAUACAGGACCAACCGUGCAAGGGAUAGGACUCACCUACGCCAAGAGCAAUAAGCAGGUCUGCUUAGAUAUUGAUGAAUGCCAGAACGGUGGACUUGGACUCUGUGUUCCAAAUUCCCAUUGCAUAAACACUUUGGGGUCUUACCACUGUGGCCAGUGCAAACCAGGAUAUACAGGAGACCAAGCCAGAGGAUGCCAGGCUGAGAGGAGCUGCAGAAAUCGAGCCCUCAAUCCAUGCAGCAUUCAUGCUCGUUGUAUUGAGGAGAAGCGAGGAGAGGUGACAUGUACUUGUGGCAUUGGCUGGGCUGGUGAUGGCUAUAUUUGUGGAAAAGAUGUUGACAUCGAUGGCUACCCUAAUGAAGAACUCUUAUGCUCUGCUGAAAACUGCAGAAAGGACAAUUGCAGAUUUGUCCCAAACUCUGGACAAGAAGAUGCCGAUGGUGAUGGGAUUGGAGAUGCUUGUGAUGAUGAUGCAGAUGGAGAUGGCAUUCCCAACGAGCAGGAUAACUGUGUCUUUGUUCCCAAUGUUAACCAGAGAAACGGUGACCAAGAUAUCUUUGGAGAUGCUUGUGACAACUGCCGCAAUGUCCUGAAUAAUGACCAGAGGGACACAGAUGGUGAUGGGAAAGGAGAUGCUUGUGAUGAUGACAUGGAUGGAGACGGUAUUAAGAACCUUUUAGAUAAUUGUCAGAGGAUCCCCAACCAAGACCAGGAGGACAAGGAUAAUGACGGCGUUGGUGAUGCCUGUGACAGCUGCCCUACAGUCAGCAACCCAAACCAGUCGGAUGUUGACAAUGACCUGGUUGGAGAUUCCUGCGACACCAAUCAGGACAGCGAUGGUGAUGGGCACCAGGACAGCACAGACAAUUGCCCCACCAUCAUUAACAGCUCUCAGCUGGACACGGAUAAGGAUGGGUUGGGUGACGAGUGUGAUGAGGACGAUGACAACGAUGGCAUUCCUGACCUCUUGCCCCCAGGCCCUGACAACUGCAGGCUGGUCCCCAACCCAGGGCAGGAAGAUGAUAAUGGUGAUGGAGUCGGGGAUAUCUGCGAGUCUGAUUUUGACCAGGAUACAGUGAUUGAUCGGAUCGAUGUGUGCCCUGAGAACGCAGAGAUCACCCUGACAGACUUCAGGGCCUAUCAGACAGUAGUGCUGGACCCAGAGGGGGAUGCGCAGAUUGAUCCCAACUGGGUGGUUCUGAACCAGGGCAUGGAGAUUGUGCAGACUAUGAACAGUGAUCCUGGCCUUGCUGUUGGUUACACAGCGUUUAACGGCGUUGACUUUGAGGGCACUUUUCAUGUGAACACGGUGACAGAUGAUGACUACGCUGGCUUUAUUUUUGGUUAUCAAGACAGCUCUAGCUUUUAUGUUGUAAUGUGGAAACAGACUGAGCAGACGUACUGGCAAGCGACUCCCUUCAGAGCUGUAGCAGAGCCCGGCAUUCAGCUAAAGGCUGUGAAGUCCAAGACAGGCCCUGGCGAGCACCUCCGCAACUCCCUGUGGCACACGGGGGACACCAAUGAUCAGGUCAGGCUGCUGUGGAAGGACCCCCGAAAUGUAGGGUGGAAGGACAAAGUCUCCUACCGCUGGUUCUUGCAGCACAGACCCCAGAUCGGUUAUAUCAGGGCAAGAUUUUAUGAAGGCUCUGACCUAGUGGCAGACUCCGGUGUAACUAUCGACACCACGAUGCGAGGAGGACGGCUUGGAGUUUUCUGCUUCUCUCAGGAAAACAUUAUUUGGUCCAACCUGAAAUAUCGCUGCAAUGACACCAUCCCAGAGGACUUUCAAGAAUUUCAAGCUCAGCAAUUUGGCGUUGGGGAUAUUUAAGUAAAGCCAAACUAACACUGCUAUUGCAAACAAUAUAUUUUAAAUCCUUAUAUGAUUGUUCUUGUAAGAGUGCACACCGCAGCUUGUUCUCAUUGAUGUGACUAUGUCAGACUUUUUUUUGUAUAAAAGUGAAAAUAAAAAGGAGACAAAAUAGACUGAGGCUUCGCUUUUUUUUCAGAUUUGCCCCAAAAUCUAGGGAGCAGCAUGUAACAGAGUGACACUUGCCUAAAACAUACUCAGGAAAAGUUUGAAUCUAUUGCCGUUUGGGGCUCAGUAUCAAACAGAGUGGUGAAGAAAGCACAAUUUGGUCUAUCAUCUGGAAUGUGUCAAGAACAACAGGUUGCAUUGGGGCAUGAAGCGGUUGGGAGCCGUCUCGCCAAGCCAAGGUCUUCUUAAUACCUUUGCAGUCCUGCUAGGAAAAAAAUUUACCUCCUUUAGCUAACUCCUUUGGAGACUUCGUUACCUCUGGCAGACCUUCUCUAAGAGCUCUAGACCUCCCUUCCCUCCCGCUCCCAGAAAACUAUGAGUAACACCAUCACAUCCUGUAAAAGCAAAAGAGCUGACUGCAGAUGUGACCUUGUAGUCACAUCUUAUGACUUGCACGUGACCAAAACCAAAAAAGACACAUGGAGAUAAAUGCAGAAUCACCAACAGAGAGAAAAUAAUCCUAGCUUUCCAUACCCAAAGCCAGGCUUUGACCUGCUGUCCCCACUCAGAGCCGAGCUCUCUCAGCAUGUACUGCAGUCUUAGGAAAAUGAGUCACCAAGUUAAAUAACCAAAACACUGAAUUAAGCGUUAAGGACUGGACAAUAAAAAGCCAAAUAAAAUUGUAUCACAAUGCACUAUGUAAUUCGAAGUAUAGAAAGGUGUUGGAUACUGUGUGCAUUUCUACUGCAUUCUUUUUGAAAACAGAGCUAGGAAAGGAAGGGAGGACGAGCUCCAAGGACAGCUGAAGAGAAGGAUAUUGCAGCCUCUAGGAUAAUUACUUUAAAAAGGACAAUGGGAAACAGUACUUCAGCCUGGGGGAAGGGGGAGGGAGGAAGUGCACAGACGGGGACUACAAUGAGGGUUUUAAAAAUUAGAAAUAGCCCUGAGAAAAUGAGCAGCCAUGGCUCUUUCCCAGCACAAGUGUACAGGGGAAAUGCUGAGUUAAAUUAUCAGGUGAGCGCAUCAGAACAAAAGCCCCUAAAUUUCCUGUUCUCAGUACAAUAAAAAUACCCUUAAGGUUUAUGGUGCUAUCAGAGGCUUGGGCUAUGGGAAGAGGUUUCACCCUGGGCUUGUCCACCAUUGGCAAGGCUUCUGGCAGCAGUGUGGCCUGGGACCUGUCCCACAAGGCAUCCCAGAGUCCCACAGCAAAGAGCAUGACGCAGGAGCGGUCCUCUGCCACGGCACUUCAUCAUCAAAGGCCCUCCAGUUUCAGUCCUCCUUUCCCCUUGGCUUCGCCAAAACCAAUUGCACUCACCAGGUUUCCAAUAGAAGCUAGUUACCUUGCAGCAACACAGAGGGUAUUGUCAAAUUAUGCUUAAAAGAUGAGAAAAAAAAAAAAAAAAUCUUCCCAACGCACUGUGGGGGCACCACAGCCAGGGGACACCGUGCAUGCAUUUUGCAAAAGGGGUCUCCUCACAGUGGUCUCCAACAGGCCUGGAGACCUCACCUGCCUGCAGCGUGUGCUGGUCAGAGCACGACAGCACACACCAGCGCCAUCAGGACACACGGCGCAGCCAGCCUCCGGACCCCUGCCAGCCUCCGGACCCCUGCCAGCCUCCUGCCCGUGGCUGGGGGCUCUCCUCCCACUACAGCAGCUGGGAGGGUGCACCUUGGCCAUUUGCCACCUUCAAGCUUGUCCGUUUCCAGGUUCUCUUCCAGUCUAUGCUAUGGCCGCUGGAGGCUGGAAGGUGAGAUACAGGCUCUGGCUGUUGUGCUCUCAAAGGCAAUUACAUGAAGCUCUGAGCAUCUAACUGGUUACAGCUCAGCCAGCCAGAGCUCUUCUUUUGUUUCAGAGGGUGCUGUUGGACCUUACACUGGGAUGCUGGAGCUCGCUAUGUCUGCUGUGUUGACACACCAACGGCUGGGUAGCCUGCAAGUUCAGGAACAGGAAAGCCUGGCUGUUGCAGACAAAGAUUAGCCACAGGGUCAUAGUCUGGGCUUGGGAAACCUCCUGCCCUUCUCGUUUCCACCAGAGGUUGUACAGUCCUGUACAGUCCCUGUGUAUGCGCUUACUCGAGCUCCUCUUGCACCACCACCUCUUUCUGGACUAUUAUGCAACGCAGACUUAGCUCCAUGUGUGGCCUCUGGCAAGUAAAGAUGCUGCAAUCCCACAUCUUUAAAACCAAACAUGUAGCUCUCCCUUGCCCCCACUGCCUGUGCAGCUGGGCUGCGCUCAGCUGGAGCAGCAGCUGCAAAUACUUUGGAGUUUAGAGUCCUGGGGCUCCUGCGAACCAGGGUUGAAUGUCUCACCAAAGGUUAACUCUUUCCUGCGUGCUAAAAACACCAGGACAAACACACUUCAAAUGCUUCUGUUCCCUAAAGCAGAAUGGAAUAGAGUAUUUCAGACGGAAGGGACCUACAAUGAUCAUCUAGUCCAGCUGCCUGACCACUUCAGGGCUGACCAGAAGUGAAAGCAUGUUGUUAAGGGCAUUGUCCAAAUGCCUCUUAAACACCGACAGGCUUGGGGCAGCGACCACCUCUCAGGAAGUCUGGCCCAGUGUUUCACCACCCUCUCAACAAAGAAAUGCUUCAUGUCCAGUCUCAGCCUCUCCUGGUGCAGCUUUGAACCGUUCCCACGUGUCCUGGCACUGGAUACCAACGAGAAGAGAUCAGGGUCUCCCUCUCCACUUCCCCUCCUCGGCUGGAGAGAACUCCUCACAGGACAUGCCUUCCAGACCUUUCACCACCUUUGUUGCCCUCCUCUGGAUGCACUCAAUGACCUUCACAUCGUUCUUAAAUGGUGGGUGCCAGAACUGCACACAGUACUGCAGGUGAUGCCACACCAAUGCUGAAUACAGUGCAAUAAUCACCUCUCCUGACCAGCUGGUGAUGCCGUGUUUGAUGCACCACAGGACAUGGUUUGACCUCUUGGCUGCCAGGGCCCACUGCUGACUCCUCUUGAGCUGCUGCCAACCAGCACCCCCAGAUCCCUCUCUGCAGGGCUGCUCUACAGCUGCUCCUCUCCCAAGUUAUGCUUGUGACCAGCAUGACUCCAUCCUCAGUGCAGGAUGUGGCAUUUGGACUUGUUAGAUUUCAUCCCAUUAAUCAUUGCCCAAUGCUCCAAUCUAUCUAGAUCCCUCUUCUCCCUAAAGAGUCAACAGCGCCUCCCAGUUUGUUAUCAUCAGCAAACGUGAUAACGGCGCAUUCAACUCCUGCAACAAGAUAAUUGACAAAUAUAUUGAACAGAACUGGCUCUACAAUUGAGCCCUGAGGAACACCACUGGUGACCAGUCACCCGCCAGAUGCAGUCGCCUUCACUACAUCCCUUUGAGCCCUCACAUCCAGCUGCUUCCUUGCCCAGCUCGCUGUGAACCCGCGCAUCUCCUGGUUUGACCAUCUCUUGGUUUGGAACACCAGAAGAGAACAUCCCUCCAGGAUGGUGCAGGGUGGGGUGACGGCAGGGAUGGGCAGGCCAGUGGGAGGCUGCUGAGCAAGGUCAUUUGGCUCUUGCAGACCCUCAGCACCACUCAGGAACCGCAUUCUGCCUUGCCCCUUGUGGCGGUGUGCUCUCCCCCCGUCCCAGCUCCUGCUCAAGCUGUACCCACCAGUGGGAGCAGUGAUGAGGUGCACCUGGACUUUGGGGGAUGGCUGGCAACAGUCAAAACACUGUCUGGAGUGGGGACCUAGAUAUCUUGUUCCCAUGUGAAUAUGACUAUAGGUCAAUUAUCUUACUCUAUAAACAGUGGACAGCCCAAGAGCCCUUUGAGCUCUCCUGCAUGGCAGCGGGCUGCACGCCAGGAUCUCCCCUUGAGUGGGGACGCUUGCUUAAGGUUCUACUCCUCGAGGUUGAGAGAUUCCUUGCCACAACGGAUUCUCGUGAAGUGACUAACAGCAUGCUAAACUUUGAAAUCUUAGGUAAGUGAUAUAAAGGAUUGAUUGCACGUGUAUAAUCCUUUAGACAUAAACUGUUGACCAAAUCUGGGACUAGGAUUGCAUCCAGCCACACCCAGACUCCUCCCUGAGUUUAGAAAGCUCGGGGUCCUUUCUGACCCUCGUGACUCAACAGCGGGGUCUCCCUGCCAGCUUGUCUGACCCUGGCCUCUAUGCAGUAAAUAAUUAAGUGUACCCUUCCAUCGAAUCUCAUAAAACACUGUCGC